UUGAAAUUAACUCUUAUAAUUCCACUCACAUCAUCAUCAUGGAGCAGAGCACAUUUCAACCUGGUGAUAUCUGCCUCGAAUGCCAGCAACAAGGCUUGAGAAAUCGUUUACGUACUUUUUACAUCGAUAUCAAUGAGCAAAUUGUGAAAUGUGAGAGCUCCUCCUGCAUUUAUCCUUACAUAAAUGACUUUUCGGAUUCUGAGGAAGAUGUGUCGUCUAAAGAAUUUCAAAAGAGCCCACCAAAAUCCACUUCCUGGCCAUCUUCUGAUUUGUGUUCUUAUCCUAACAAUGAUUUUGAUGAGUUAGAUAGUGUCCGUUUUGUGGAAGCGCUACUUUGUAUCGAUGGGAAAAAUAAUACUAUUGAGAAAUCAGGAAUUGAUGGCAGCACCACAGAGAAUAGCGCGACACCAUUCCCCUUUCAAACUACCAAUUGCAUGUCACCCACCACAUCACAGAACCAUUCAGAAAUGUUACCUUUAGCUUAUUCAUUGAAACAUCAAAACACAUUUGAGCCGAAUUCAUUUUCUAAAGAUGCAUUGGAUAUGAAAGAGGACGUGAGUUGUAUUGACAAGCAGUUUAGUAAUUAUAAGACUGAUGCAUCCACUGCACUUCAUACCACCUCACUAACGACACAAGAAACCUCAGCAAAUUUCGAUAUGCCAGAAAUAGGUUUCGAUUUUGCCGUCAUGCCACCACCACCUGAGCAUCGUCUGCUGGACGUAAAGAAAGAAUUAAAACCAAAAAUUGAAAUACAAUGCAUACAAACUGUUAAAGCAGAAUUUACAAAUGCAAAGUUCAAUGUUGAGAAUAUGGUGACCAAUGAGUCGAAAAUUUCCAUUAGUUCUAUGGAGUUCAUUAAAACGGAAUACAUUAAGGAAGAGCCAGUAAAACCAGCUGACACAUCGGAAAACUCGGUUACGUCACAAGCAAAUGCCUCAGCUGGCGGAACACGCAUAUCACGUUACUUUGAUGCUUUGCGUGUAAAACAAGAAAAGCUCCAAAAGUCACAGUCAAAACAUAGUUCAGCAGACCGUAAGAAGCGUUGUAACGGACCUCAGCAAACAAAGUCGGACACUGCAAAUGGGAGUAGUUUGAUAAAUGUGCUGCAGGUGCUGCAAACUAAAAAUAAGAAAUGAGCAGUUUGGUUAUCGUAGUCUUCAUCCCAGUCUGCCAGCAGUGUCUUCACAACAGCCACACCGGACCGUGUUGUGUCACGCUCUGCUACAAUGAUGGCCGUCUUUGGAAUUGCGAUCUCCUCAUUUAGUCUUAAGCAGAUGUUGGCCAGCAGUGGUGCUAAUAAGUCUUCCGAGGCUGCCCUUACUCUACGCAAACUUUAAAUGAAAAUAUGCAUAAGAUGGCACUUCGUUUAAAAAUUAUUAUCAAUUUGAUGCAAAAGCGAAAGAGAUACGGAGGGGAUUGAUGUAUAGAAGAGAGGCAAACAAUAAUAGUUUCGAGUGAUGUAAAGCGAGAAUGCGUGAAAGGAUGUACGAUUAACAUCUUACACGUACGAAUAUUGAAUUAGAGGCAUGAAAUUGGUAAAAUAAUGGAUGUGGAGGAAGAAAUACACAGGGACAUCAACUCAAGGCCAAACUGCAGUGCAAAAAGCAAAAUAAACAUUUGAAAAUAGCAAAAAAAAAAAAAAAUUUUAAGUGUUUAAGUUGUGCAAAAUUAUAUAUUCUUGAGAUGCAGAUGCUGGUUGAAAAUUUUAUAUAAGUGUGGUAACAGCAGCGAAUUUACAUGAGAGUGCAUGUUUAGGUAAACGUUUUACAACGUUUAUAAUAACGCUAGGUUAUACCUAUGUAUGUAUACUAUAUAAUAUUCAUCGUUUUAACUAUUCAGCUAUGAUUAAUUUUUGAAUUAUAGUCGUUUAGUAUUCAUCGUAAUCAUCUAUGCGUACAACGUCCUUAAAAUCAAUUAGUUUCUAGUUGUAUAUAAUUUCUAAAUGUUAAUGCACUACACAUACAUACAUACAUACAUACAUACAUACAUACAUUUAAUUUUAUAGUAUAAUCUAGUUGUAGGUGAUAUUUUUGACGCGAUUGGCAAACACGAUCAAAACUCAAAAUUUUACUUUAACGAAUUAUAUGGACCACAUACAUUAAUUUUGGACGCACUCUCCAAGUACAUUUGCCGCACCGCACUUAUCGAAUUGAAAGCAGCAAUUGCCUGUAAAUUUCAUCAAUGGAAAUACUUAUAACAACAUAGCACGCCAUAAAGUAAACGCCAAUAAAACCAAUAAACUCUCAAGUGAUGUUUCCAAGAUUAGUAUAAUUAACUAAAUUAAAUGUUAAUUGUACAUGCAAGAUUGGAAAUUUAAAAAUUUGUUAAAAAUGUUAUGUGUCGUCGCGGCAAGUGAAAUUUGUACGGUAGCAAGUUUUUAUGCUAUUUGACACUCAUAAACUAUGUGAUACUACUGCAAUCGUCUUGCGGCUUCACGCAUGGCAAAAAUACAUUUAUAUAAUAAAAAGCCAGCACAUGUCCAAAAGCUGAGGCAAAUACAUGUAUAUUUUGUAAAUUUAAUUUAUUUUGUUUUAUUACAAUUGCACUCAAGCACAUACUACAUAUUUGUAUAGCUUCAGCCGUAUACGUGCAAAUAUAUAUUUUUAUGCUUUUUUAACGAUUAUAUAUUUUUCUUUAACAAAAGAAUAUAAUAUGUUGCGAAUGUCUAACAAACCUGUUUUAAAAGAGAUAGAAAAGGCGAUUUAUAAAUUGCAGAAUUUUGCAAAUUUUCGCGACGUAGAACGAGCGUAUUCUAAAAAUAAUUGCAAUAAACUGUAGUUAUAUUGAUGAUGAUAACUUGAACGAAAUACAUAAUAUACAUAUUUUUGUUUAAAGUUGCUUAAAA